CCCGCUGACGCGCGCAGCCCUCGGCGCGCCCGACCCGGACUCCGCGGGCGCGACCCCGUCGGCGCCAGAGCCUCCGGGGCGCACGCCCGGGAGCCGCCCCGCUGGAGCACAUGGAGAACAUGAAGCCGCCCUUGCGCACCGCCAGCUACAACGGCUACGCGCCGGCGGAGAAGGCGCCGCCGAGCCGCCCCGCGGAGCCCUCCCGGUGCGCGAAGGCCGACGCCAGCGCGCACCCUCUGGAGAGCUGGAAGGAGGAGCGCACCCGCAGCGAGGAGGACAACGAGAUGAACCUGCCGGGGCUGGCGGCCGCCUACGCCACCAUCCUGCGCGCCCUGGGCGAGGACCCGCAGCGCCAGGGGCUGCUCAAGACGCCCUGGCGCGCCGCCACCGCCAUGCAGUUCUUCACCAAGGGCUACCAGGAGACCAUCACAGAUGUGCUAAAUGAUGCCAUAUUCGAUGAAGACCACGACGAGAUGGUGAUUGUGAAGGACAUAGACAUGUUUUCGAUGUGUGAACAUCACCUGGUUCCCUUCAUCGGAAAGGUCCACAUUGGUUAUCUCCCCAACAAGCAAGUCCUCGGACUCAGCAAGCUGGCCAGGAUUGUGGAAAUAUACAGCAGAAGAUUACAGGUUCAGGAGCGCCUAACGAAGCAAAUCGCCGUGGCCAUCACAGAAGCCUUGAAGCCGGCCGGCGUGGGGGUGGUCAUCGAAGCCACGCACAUGUGCAUGGUGAUGCGAGGCGUCCAGAAAAUGAACAGUAAGUCUGUAACCAGCACGAUGCUCGGAGUGUUCCGGGAAGACCCAAAGACGCGGGAAGAGUUUUUGACACUCAUCCGCAGCUAGAACGGUGCCUUCCUGCCCUGGACUCCUCCUCUGGACAGUCUUGUCUAGCGUCGCUGUUGGUUCUUGGGCUGCUUGUCUCCGUCUGUCUGUUUUUAAGUAACCUUCACUUCCUGAUCCUUGUAUAGUUGUUAUUUGUUUUGUAAAGGGGUAUUUAUGAUCGGUCCAACAUGUCCCUUCCUUGCUCAGACAGUGCCUAAUGGCAGAAGUUCCGAAUAUCCCUGUUUUCUCAGUCUGUGUUACGUGACCGUUUUUAGAGUACAUUUUCUCCAGUGUCUGGGCUGAAUAAGAUGUUAUCAAUCACAGUGCUCUGUAAGAUCAUUUAAAAUGCUUUAAAGGAAUGUUCCACUGGGGGACGGAGAGAAAGAAUCCACUUUGCCCAAAGAGCCACACAAAAUCCCCUCCCUCUUUGGGACUAUAGAGAGAAAUCCAGGAAAAAAGCAACGUAGGCGUGUUUCCUUCCUCUCUCCCUCAAAGUGGGUCUCCCUCUGGAAGAGCUACUGGUCCAAGAGGAGAUGUGAACUCCCAUCCUCCGAAGGGGAUUCGCCCAGUCCCACAACCCCUAAGUAGGUCUUGAUGGAGUCAUGGACUGCAGUGUGUGGCCUGAAUCCACCGUUCCUUUCAUCUCAUCUGCAAACUUGCUCUGGCUGCCUCUUUGCCCCUCUCCUUACCUGGAGGAGAGUCAGACUCUUGAUGCUGUGACGUGCGGCCAGGGAAGAUGGUCUGGAGGCCCCUUGCGGGAAAUGAUGCCCUGACCGGCGAAGCCCGGGGGCGGCUUGGGGCAGCGCCUGGGCAGUGCGUUCUCCUCACUCUCGUCCGCUCUUCCUCGGAGCAGUGGCGGAGCAGCAGAGUCUGGACUCACGGGGGCGCAGGGCUGACGUUCCUUCCCUGCUGGGGCCUGGAGAACACCUGCCCCCUGUGAGUCACUGGAAUCGGGCACAGCCGUCACUCCCUGCAGCCGAGCACAAUAUUUUGGGGUGACUUGGCCUCAAGUGGGCAAUUAGAAACCGUGCCCUUGACGAAGGCCCUGCUCCUGCUCGAGGCAAAACUGCUAGAGCGGGGAUUUUGAUACGGAUCGGCACCUGCGCUGCCGCCUCCGCUUUGUCCCCUACCUCUGACUGCGCAUAAAGCGCAAGGAGGGCAACCCUCGCUUGCGAGCACCCCAUGGGCAGCCCUGGCGCCUGGAGCCGCUGCACGCCAACCCUGCAGACGAUCCAUGCGCAGCCUCCCCGGGGCUGGGUGUCGCCUCCGGGACGGGUCUGACAACCUGGCGUGUGUACCGCCUCACAGUGCCGUUUCCAGGUGCUGUCUCACCUGGGAGUCCCGGGUCCUUCAUGAGUCCAGCAGUGGACACACAACUGACGCAGUGUGCAGUGGAGCCGGCCAAAGUGAAAACCUUGGAAGGGCUCCUUGAAAUGUGCAAUCCUAUGCGUGUUUGGAGAGCAAGGAGUUUAGUGUAGGAUUGUGCCCUUCAGGCAAAGGAGGGAGAGGAAAUACGGAUGAGCUGCACAUGGCUGCCAAUUCCCUUCCCUUCCGUAUUUGCAAUUCCUUAUUCACACCCUGCAGAAAGAAAUGGGAAGCCAGUGUGGUGCGAAGGAGAGGCAGAAAGCUCCGUGAGUUGGCGGGUUCUGCGCCUCCUUUCAUAUCUGGGUGAAAGAUGAUGCUGAUGUGUCUCCCUAGCGAAGGCAGCGCCUGCUCUCUCCUCCGGUAGGUGGAGGGGUUGGUCUGCCCUGUGGGAAGAAGCAAAGCUGCCCAGGCACAACAUUGGAGAGCCCCCCCUCCCCCCGGCAGCCCACAUUGGCCCUGGUCAGUUGCAAAAGAGCUGAAGAUCUGGGGCAGAGGCCCCUCUCUGGGUGCCCUCCUUGGAGGAGAUUAGGAGGGCGGCUCCCUGGAGAAGG